AUCUACCACUCUUUCGGCAUAGCGUACUGUGAAUACCUAAUUGUCUUUCUGGAGCCCUGUGACGCCCGCAACAUUUUGUUUCCCUUCAGUCCUGCGUUAUGCGCGCCCGCUCCCUCGCAUGCUGCCUGCCAUGUCUCUAAUCACCCGCGAGAUCUGUCCGUGACUCGAGUACUUGGAGAAAAGCCAUCAUGUCAGACGGUUUAUAUGGCAUCAAGCAGGCUUCAAAGACAAAAGCCAAGGACAUCUCAUCUUCAACCUCCCUUGCCUUUUCCACAAGUCUCGCUUCGCUAAUCUCCAGUUCAUCCUCGGUCAAGAACAAAUCAGGCGCCGGACGUCCCAGACCCUCUAAAGACAAAUCAGACAUCUUCACUGCGCACAACAAAAAUGUCAAGAAGCGCUCCGCAGCUGACCUCGAAGAUGCUUCACAGCGUCACAAAACGAAGGAUGAAAUCGGAUCCGUUGAUGCAGCGGAGCUGCACAGGUCCAAGAAGAAGAUGGAGGAUAAAGUGCGCAUCUACAAUGCAAUGAAACGUGGCGAAUAUAUUGGCAAAGACGACGGGCCUCUGGUAGACUUUGACCGGAAGUGGGCAGAAGGUCAGGCCGGAGGCCAUGCGAACGAAUCAGGCAACUCCGAAUAUGAGGACAGUGGCUCAGACGAAGAAGAAGUAGAAUAUCUAGACGAGUUCGGUCGACUACGGAAAGGCACAAAAGCGCAGGCUGAGCGGGAAGAAAGGAGGAAACGAAUGCAGGCCAACGUUGCCGAAGAAGAGGAACGCAUGUCUGCCAGACCGUCGAUGCCUACCAACGUCAUCUAUGGUGACACCGUGCAAGCCGCCGCAUUCAAUCCUGACCAAGUCAUUGCCGACCGCAUGGCAGAGCUGUCAAAGAAGCGCGACAAGUCCGCGACACCUCCUCCAGACACUCAUUACGAUGCCAAUGCAGAAAUCAGAAACAAAGGUACCGGAUUCUACACCUUCAGCAAAGAUGCAGAUGAGAGGAAGAAGGAGAUGGAUGCACUCGAGAAGGAGAGACAAGACACCGAACGAGCACGAAAAGAGAGGGAGGAGAAGAAAGAACAACGGAAGAAAGAGAUUGAGGAAAGGCGUAAACUCAUUGCGGAGCAGAAAGCGAAAGCUCAAGCCGAGAAGUUUCUGGAUAACUUGAAAAUUGACGGGAUAUGAGAGAUUACAGGGGAAACCCAUGAACCUCUCCCCUGCUUCGCAACGGCAGUGAUCGACACGACUUCGUCUUCCCCAGACUUGCAUGUCUUGUGGAGAGAGUGUGGAGAUAUGCCUUACCCCCAGCCAGCUAGUCCAGAGACUAUUGAUUGUUCGGCAUUUAUGGUUAUGUGCACCAGAACCAACACCACGACCGUCGAACUCUCAGGCUCGAGGCGAUGGAGAUGGGA